GCUAGACUCACUGAAGAGCAAGUGGAUGAAUUUGUGGAGAUUGUCUUACCAGCCUGUCUGGAGAUUAAUAUCUACACACGGGAUAGUCCUGGCACUCUUAAGGCCGCAUGCGACGCAGUACAAUAUUUGGCUUAUCUACGUCCACGUCUUGUCUUUCCGGCAUUAAUUGGGGACAUUGAGGAGGGCCUCUCAACACCUCAAUUGCCUCUUAGAGUAACCCGACCUCUCAAAGCGCUUUCCUUUUCAAUUAGGGCUCUUUUCGACCCAAAUGUCACACCUAACUGGGCUCACUACAUUGGCUUUCAACCCACGGAUCAACUUCAGAAUUAUUCCACUAAUGAUAACCCUCAGUUGAUUGCACAAACAGCGGAGCAAAGGAGACAGUGGGCUUCCCACUUAUCAGCAGUGAUCUAUCCCGAGGGUCGUGCUCUAAUACCACGAAUUCUAAACAUUUGUCUGGCCGCUCUUGAUCUGAAUCAGAGAGAUCGGCUUGAAUCCAGUCUCCACAUUCUUAGAGUAAUCUUUUUAGCCACGCCAAUUAAAGAUUACUCGGGUAGAAUUCAUCCAGGUGCAAAAGGUACUUUUCCGAGGGGAGACGAAGGCUUAAUGCAUGAAGUCGCAAAGCGAUUCUACGCAACAAAUUUGUCCCAGUUCUCACCAGGGAUGGAGGAUAUUGUGUUGGAAAUUUACAAAAGAAUCUUCUACUUCAUGGAGAAAGAAAACGAAGGUUCCGACUUCCAAUUCUCAAACGCUAAAUCACCUCAAAUGUCAACGAGCGCAAAAAUGAUCAGGUCGGCUACAGUCAUGAAUUUUUUGGCAAGUUCAUCCUCUGUAUCCCCUGGGUUGCGUGCACGCCUGGUGACACUCUGUCUGCACGCAAUUAUGCAAAAUCAAUGGAUAUUGGAUUGCGAUGAACCCUUACUCAGCGUACUAUCUGCGUUGCUUUGUGCAUCUCCAACUGAAAUGAAUGCUGAUUCGGACAAUCUACCGGAGUCAGAUAUCGCGCUAUUUGCUCUUAAAGAAUUUUGGACGCGUUUUACCCAUUUUUAUGAUGAAGCAAAAAAUGAUGACGCCAUCAUCUUUAAGGGCAAGACAGAGCCCAGAAUCGUCACCUCGAUCCGCUUAAUGGAGAUUUUCGUGUAUGUUUUCGUGCCAACGCGCCUAGAAGAGGUGGAAAGUGACUUUGUCAAUCCAGUUAUUGAAGUCCUCUUUGAUCUCUUAACUAUUUCCCUCGGUUCUGGUGACGAAAGUCCACCGUCAAUUGAACUAGCCUUCUACACUUCUACUUGUCUCGGUUUCAUCCUCCAUCGUCUUGUCGCAUUCUCAUUGGACUUCAGAGGGGUUGACCUCUACAAUAGCUCUGGCUUCGCAACGGAUCCGCUGUGGACUCCAUUUGUGGGCUAUCGUAAAGCUAGUGACUGUGUUAAAUGGAUCCGGCCAACUGACAAAACCUUCACUUUGGCUAAAAGUAUCCUUAAAAGAUUUUUAUUACCACUUUUGGACAAAUUGUCUGCUGUUACUGACGAGUUGAACGCCUUCCUUGUUGAUUCUGAUACUAAUAACUCCAGCUUUUCACAAAUACCACGCACUUCUGGUCAAUCGAAAGUGGUCUAUCAACAGGCAUACCUUAUACUACUUCUUUCUUCUAUUAGCCAAAUUUGCCGUGGUCUCCUCGAGGGUCUCAAACCACGAGAUAUUCACCACGAAGACGAGAACUAUGUCAAAAAAAUCUGCUCUGAUUUAGAACUUCUAAGCCAUGAAGCUGUAUCGUGUCCUGUAAGUAGUUUAGCUGCCAGAUCCAUCAAUCUCGAUAUACCACUUUUCGAUCUUCCUUCCAAAGAAGAUGGAAGUACUUUAAGAGAUCAGAUUUUUCGAUGUGGUCUGCGUUUUCUUGACGUCAUAGCUGAAAUCUCGACCAAAUUUGAUCCCCAGACUGUUGACACAGAAGCCCAAUCAGAGGGCCAGAGUGUAAUCAGAAGUCCUCAGUUUCUUCAUUGCUUUCAUGAUUUCCUACAAGUGAUCAGCGUUGCCGGAUUCAAUGAUAUGGAUCAUACACUGUUUCCAGAACAUCUGGGCUUUACAAUUCAUCCACAAUCCAAGAAUAGUCAAUAUAUAACUUGCCAUUUGGAUUACCUUGAGCCAGAAGAUAUUAAACGCUAUGCGAUCAGAGGUCCCUCUUCGGAGCUCCUUUCAGCUCUAGUUGCAGGGAAGACCCCCGCUUUGAGGUGUGGUGGUGUAGGGGGUAACUACGGAUUUUCCUACCUCCCUAUUGUUUGGAUAAUGUGUGCUCGAAGACAGCACCUUAAUUUUGUCCGCAGAACCAUUAGUCGCCAAGCUACUUGGCCAGGUACAGAAGCCAUUGCCCUCUACACUUACCCAAGACUUCCCGUCAAUCGGGAGCUUAUCCAAUGCCUUGAAAGUUCCAUACAACUCAGUGUGAACUGCCUUCGGGACCUGGCUCAUAAAACGUUUAUGGCAGUUUACCUACUCGCCAACUUAAGGACCUCCGGCAGUGAUGUCCUACUUGCACGAAAGCUAAAUGACAUAUUGGAACCAUUUUAUACAGAAGACGUUUACACCAAAAGCGAUGCAGAAUACCGAGCCUGUUAUUAUCGAUUAAUGCAGGCUUUUGCCAUUAUCAACCGCGUAUUAUCCUAUUCAUCUUUUUCAAUGGACCUCUACAAAUAUGAUCCAGCUCUGUGGUCAGAUUUAUGGAGAAGAAUUUUUGUCCUCUGUUCCUUCACUGAUCUCCGUAGUAUUCAACUCACAGGUACCCAAAUCCGAGAGAGGAUCAACGACCAGACAACGAUAUCGUGGAAGUUUCGGCGUGUCCUCAUUGAACAUUCAUUUCAGCCCUCUGUUCUCUAUUUCCAUUCACAUUACGAUCCCAAUGCACAUCCAAAAAACGCAUCUUUAAGACGCCUCAUUCUUUCAGCCCAACGGCUUCUAAAAACUCUGGGUGGUUUGGAAGAGGAGAUGGUAAUGUACAAACCACCACUUUUGGUUAAAACGGCCAAACUUCGCAGAGAUGCUUAUCGUUCUCUUAUUCAUUCAAUCGACCAAAAGUACCCUCCAGAUAUUGAGGCAUAUGCUAAUUCCAUUGCUUUAAUGGUACACCUUACCAACAUCAACUUCAGCUCAGACGCUUGGGAUACACGCUCCACCCAUGUGACAGAUCCCGAUAUGUUGCCUUUUCGAAAGACGGCCCCUCCACCACCACCUCCACGCUUAUCAACUAUCAAGAAUGUUCUUCGGUUAAUAUCCUCUCAAAACAUCGAUAUAAGUUUCACAGCAGCCCGUUUUAUCGUUAAGUUCUUGGCUUACUUUCUGCUGAGAACUCGCGCUGAUGCUUUCGUUUUGGUCACCCCAAGGCAAUUAAAAUGGUCCAAUACCUGUGAGGGCCUCGAAAAUGAACCGCAACACAACUGCCUUGCUGCGCAAAACUUUAACGUCGAAAAUAUUCUACUCAAUAUGUUGAGAAGCUUCUUGUAUUUUAGUUCUCCAUUUGUAAUAAGAAAUCCUUGUUCGCACGCUGUGUUUCCGGUCAUCUCUGGUACGACUGAAAGCGGUUUCAAAGUAGAUCCAUCUAACAUGGAAUGGUUGAACGUUCGGGCUGAAAUAGAUUUAUCUGAAUUAUCUUCCGAGGAUUUUUUAAACUGGCGAGAAGGGCUCGAAACCGUCGCCGAGUUCUUUGCUUCUCCUGAUUUCUGGACUCAAAUGAGUCACGUUGUUCUGAAUUACCAUCAUUUUAAACUUCGAAAGUCUACAGAUGCCGUCAGGGGACUUAUUUAUAUGGUGCUUGUGUGUUUCGGCCCUCGUCCUUACCUCCAACGCGUUGAGGACUUUCUCAUGUCUCUUUUGCAACCCGCAUUAAGUCAAGGAGGUACAAGUGGCAAGUCGAAGUAUGUUGGAGCGUAUAUUAUGAAUAGCAUAUUGCCCUACUUUGUCCAGAGCUCGCAUUAUUGGCCGAGAGAAAUGCGACUUCAGGUUUAUGGACGAGUCUUACCGCGAUUACUUGCUUAUUCAGAGGCCGCGACUCAAUUGGCUUCAAUAGACUUUUUGCACGAACCUUAUUUGGCCUCUAGGGGAGGUAUUCCGCUUUGUUUUCCUGAAUUUGCCCGUGAAAAUAUCGAUGAUGUUUCUACGGUCUUUGAGAAUCAAUCAAGUUCUGAAAGCGAUCGACUUGUCAAAAGGAUUUACUGUGAUAAUUUUCACCAAGAAAACGACUUUAAACUUAAAGAAGACGAUUUUAUUAGAUUCCCCGAUCCACGUGGUCCGAAAUUUCAAAUACCUUCUGCACUGAGGAACUUUAUGGAUGCUACAUAUUAUGAUAACCUAUUUUUUAUAUAUUCGCCUUAUAUCUGGAAGUUUGUUUGCGAACUAGCUUCAGAUGAUAGCGAAAAAUUCAUUUCACAGGAAGGAGAAGAUAAUUGUGGCCAUCGUAUUCCCGAAGGUGAUGGAGAAUGUCCUGUUUGCGUUGGACAUCGUUUGUUUACACGACGAGAUCAGCGUCAAACCCUGAAAUACCAAUUUAUUGAAGCAUGGUAUUCCUUUAACCCCUGGAACCUAUUACAUACCCUUAACCAUCUCACUGAUGCUGAUGCGAUUGGCUCAUGGGAAGAGAAGGUGUGCUCAAAUUCCCAUUGGACCCGAACCUUUGCUUCCAGACUGUCAUACCAGUUCUCGAUUGCUGGUUUCACCCGGUUCCUGAACACUGCUCCUUCGAAAAUUCGACUGCAUUCUGGAACCGAACGUUCUGUGUGGUCUGAGCAUCAAGUCAGCUCGGCACUCGAGACUGAACUACUCUCCCGAUUGUCCGCUUUUGAGGCUCCAGAUCUACGGCAAUCGUCCUUAUGUGGUCCUGAUUUUGUCAUGAAACGUUACUUGCCCCUGUUAGUUCGAGAUUGGAUGGCAGUUCUUUUGCUUAAGGGUUUACGUCCCUCAUCAGCUAGUUUUGUACUUCAAGAAAGUCUCCUUUUUGAUGCGACUGAAAGACUUACACCUGCCACUGAGGAAUUGCUAAAUUGCUCUCAGCGUAUAAAAUUAUUUGUUGGGAAGCAGAUCUCUCUUCGAUUGUGUCUCCUUAUGAAAGUUCUAGUGCUCAUCAUAUGGAGCGCCUUCCCCCCGAAUGUUUGUCUCCAUUCCUCUUCUGAAUCCAGCUUCGAUGUAUUUUAUCGAUUGGCACCUCUUUUGGCUGAUCAUUUUGCCACUUUUGACAACUACAAUUUUAAUAGAAAGGACGGCAACGUAGUUGAUUGCUUGGACACUGAAAUUUUGGAUGCCAUUAUUUAUUUGGAGAGUAACGAAAUCAUGUGUCACACUAACGCCGGUGUUGGCAUUAAUCAAUCCAACAGAAUACUGGAUUUCUUUGAAGUAUUUCUACGGCACUCGGAAUGGAAAACACGGUUUAUGGGCCUAAAAUGUAUUAAGAUGUUUGCCUUCAAUAUUUCGACUUUCUGGUUGACAGAUGAAGCUGGCAAUGCACUUCGUACUCGUCUGAAGCGUCGCCUUUGUGAACUCCUGGCAGAUCCGUGGAUUGAUGUAGCUAAGGAGGCAGCGAACGUCAUCUCCAAAUACCUAAUUCUGAGCAUUAUUAAGUACGAUGAUUUGUGGUUCCGCGAGCUAACAAGGCAAUCCCGAGUGAAAUUACCAACUUUGCAGAAAAGAAUGGGAGAAAUCAACAAAGAUGAGAAAAUUGAAGCAUUAAGACGUCGACGUGCAGGUGUCUUAGGUCUCUGCUCCAUCGUUCAAGCCAAUCCUCACGACACCCCUGAUUACCUUCCGGCUGUGAUAGCUGAGGUGGCGAAUCAUGCGAACGAUCCUUACCCUAUCAAUAAAUUCGUUUCUGAAACGUUGAUGGAGUACUCUCGCAGUCACAUCGAUCGAUGGUUGGUCCGAGAUCGAGCGAAAUUUACGGAAGACCAAUUGGAUACUUAUUUGUCGGUUGUCUCCUGGGCCGAUUACUACGUGUGA